AUGUCUGCGCAGGCUAGUCGUCAGAAGAAAACCGAUCAGGACCAACGUGCUGCCGAUCAGGCACUUCUCAAUGCGGCAAUUCAGGACAAUGAUAUGGAACAAGAUGAGAACUUCACAAUAAUCGACAAACUCGAGGCGACUGGAAUAAGUUCUGGAGAUAUUUCAAAACUGAAAGAAGCCGGCUACUACACGUACGAAUCGUUGGCCUUCACAACACGACGCGAACUACGAAAUGUGAAGGGAAUUAGCGAUCAAAAAGCCGAGAAGAUUAUGAAAGAGGCGAUGAAAUAUGUGCAGAUGGGAUUCACGACGGGAGCUGAGGUGCAUGUAAAACGUAGUCAGCUGGUACAGAUCAGAACAGGAUCGGCUGCCCUUGACAGACUUUUAGGAGGAGGAAUCGAAACUGGAAGUAUCACCGAGGUUUAUGGCGAGUACAGAACUGGAAAGACACAGCUGUGCCACAGUCUGGCGGUUUUGUGUCAAUUACCAAUUGACAUGGGAGGUGGUGAGGGAAAAUGUAUGUACAUUGACACAAAUGCGACUUUCCGACCAGAGAGAAUCAUCGCUAUCGCUCAAAGAUACAACAUGGAUAGUGCUCAUGUUUUGGAGAAUAUCGCUGUCGCUCGUGCCUACAAUUCUGAACAUUUGAUGGCUUUAAUCAUCCGAGCGGGAGCAAUGAUGUCUGAAAGUCGUUACGCAGUUGUUAUUGUAGAUUGUGCAACUGCACAUUUCCGUAAUGAGUACACCGGAAGAGGUGAUCUCGCUGAACGUCAAAUGAAACUUUCUGCUUUUCUUAAAUGUCUUGCAAAGUUGGCUGAUGAGUACGGUGUCGCCGUCAUCAUCACAAAUCAAGUCGUUGCUCAAGUCGAUGGUGGUGCUUCAAUGUUUCAAGCGGAUGCAAAGAAACCGAUUGGAGGACACAUCAUCGCCCACAUGUCUACGACCAGAUUGUAUCUUCGAAAGGGAAAAGGAGAGAAUCGCGUGGCAAAAAUGGUGCAAUCGCCAAAUCUUCCAGAAGCUGAAGCGACUUACUCGAUCACUAAUCAUGGAAUUGAGGACGCUCGCGAGGACUAG